GGAAGUCGCGUGGUUUGCCCUUGCUAGCUCGACAAAGGGCUGGAACGUAACCAGAUGGAAUUUUGCGCUCCUUUCUUCACUGAUUCCUCUCGUUCUAAAUUGUUUGGCACACUUUUUAACUGGCGGCCCAGUGGACUAACAGCCCUGGUGUGAAAACCGAAGUCCACCAGAGCGGCUGUGAAGCGGGACCGAAGCGUUGUAAACGCUCAAACAUACAGAUUCUUUGCACUGACUGAAGGCGAGUGUGCAGACAUCAUGCCUCUGUUUGGUAAAUCCCACAAGACUCCGGUGGAACUCGUCAAGACCCUCAAGGAGUACUUGGCUGUGCUGGUUAAACAGGACAAGAAAACAGAAAAAGCAUCUGAGGAGGUGUCCAAGUGUCUGGUGUCCAUGAAGGAGAUUCUAUACGGGAGCAACGAUAAGGAGCCGCACACAGAGACGGUGGCCCAGUUGGCUCAGGAGCUCUACAACAGCGGCCUACUGAUCACGCUGGUAGAAAACCUGCAGGUCAUUGAUUUUGAGGGCAAGAAGGACGUGUGUCAAAUCUUUAACAACAUCUUAAGGAGGCAGAUCGGAACCAGGAGCCCCACUGUCGAGUACUUCUGCUCCCAUCAAGAAGUUCUCUUUAUUCUGUUGAAAGGGUACGAGGCACCCCAGGUGGCUCUCAACUGUGGGAUCAUGCUGAGGGAGUGCAUCCGCCACGAGCCGCUUGCCAAGGCUGUGCUGUAUUCGGAUUAUUUCCACACGUUCUUCGGCUAUGUGGAGAUGUCCACCUUCGACAUCGCCUCUGACGCCUUUGCCACCUUCAAGGAUCUCCUGACAAGGCACAAAGUACUUGUAGCAAAGUAUCUCGAAGAGAACUACGAUGCGGUGUUUACAAACUACGAGAAGCUUCUGCACUCUGAGAACUACGUCACCAAGAGGCAGUCGCUCAAGCUUCUGGGCGAGCUAUUGCUGGACCGACACAACUUUACGGUGAUGACGCGCUACAUCAGCAAGCCGGAAAAUCUCAAGAUGAUGAUGAACCUGCUAAGAGACAAGAGUGCCAACAUCCAGUUUGAGGCCUUCCAUGUCUUUAAGGUGUUUGUGGCCAAUCCAAACAAGACGCAGCCCAUCGUUGACAUCCUCCUCAAGAACCAGACCAAAUUGAUUGACUUCCUGAGCAAUUUCCAGAAGGACCGCACGGACGACGAGCAGUUCAACGACGAGAAAACCUACCUUAUCAAACAGAUCAGGGAUCUUAAGAAACCAGCAUCCUAGAGAAGCCCCUCUGCCCUCUAGUUCAACUGUUUAUCAAUAGGAACCUGUAGGGGGGGAAGAAAACAUGCUAUUUAAAAAGAUUUGUAUUUUUGCUUCACUAAAAAUGUGUGCAAGAAUAGUUCACUCACCUUUUGUAUAAUUUUUUUCAAUCAUUAGUAUGUAGCAGUGCCACGACUUACUUGAGUGGCAGCAUUUGAUUAGUUGAGUGGGCAACAUCAGCAGUUAAAAUACCUCUGAUGGCCCUGUGUUUGCUGGAGAGAACAUGCACCAUUUGCGUGUUGACAUAUUUUUCAAGUUUACCAAGUUCUUUUUGAAUGAUAUGGCUGGACAACAUUAGUCACCCCUCAACACUUAGUUGGUCAAACAAACAAGUUUGGUUACUGAGGUGACACCAAACUAAAAAAAUGCCCCGUGCAAAGGAUAUGUGUAAAAUCCUGCGGGCACCAUCCUUUUAAACGCACGUCAAAUGUUGCCAACAGUGAUCAUUCUUGAUUUUUCCUUUAAUUGGGCUAUCGCUCAUUCUAUUCAAGGCACCCCAUAGCACUUUCUGUAUUUGUAAUUGUAAGUCUGGGCUAAUCAAAUACUCUUGUAUUCUCUUAUACAACGGUGCACAGACCGAGUGAAAAGCUGUCUUUCUUUUGUUUCGGUCCGAUUCAGAUGUUGAGUGGAAGAUUCAGAAGUGCCAUUUUAGUUUGCGGUGUUUUUAUAUUUUGUUAACUUGUAUCUUUAAAGGAGGAGCUUAAUUGUUAAAAGGAUCUGCUCCUGACAGGAUUUUUAAUGUGAUUAUUCAUGAGCCGGUAUACAUCUGCAAAGUAGGGCGGCAUGGUGACACACUGGUUAGCACAUCCACUUCACAGUUCAGAGGUGCAGGGUAUAAUUCCAGUUCUGGCCUUCCUGUGUGGAAUUUGCAUUUUCUCGCCGGGGCAGCGUGAGUUUUCUCCGGGUACUACGGAUUCCCCCCACAUCCAAAAAAUUAAAUAACGAGAUGCCUAUUGAGCACUCCAAAUUGUCCGUAAGUGUGAUGGUGAGUGUGAAUGCUUGUUUGUCGAUGUGUGCGCGGUAAUUGGCUGGCGACCAGUUCAAGGUGUCUCCUGCCUACCACCCAAAGACUGUUGGGAUAGGAACACCCGCAACCCGCACGAAGGCGUAAGACGUUCAAAAGAUCAAAGAAUGAAAAGAAAACAAAUCUGCAAAGUUUUGUUCAUGCCCAAUAUCUUGAUAACUGGAGUGGAAAAUGUGACAACCAACAUAGACAACAAAAUGCUCAAAAUCAUUAAGCAUGAAACAGUAGGUUCAGAGACAAGAAUUUGCAUCACACGACACUUAAGCUUUAAUGAAACUAGUUUAUUUCCUAGUGCAAGUUUCACCAAGUCCCGCUUUCUGGAUCUUGAUGAUAGCUUUUCAUCUUGGACAACAGAGCUUAGUGUGUACUAUACUGAGAACGAAUAAAAGGAUUGAAACACA